GCGGAAGUGUGUGGUCGGAUCCAAAAUGGCGGAGAACUGGAGCGAGUUGCAGCUGAAGAGGCUGAUGUCGGUGAAGAAGAGGAACCGGAGCGUUUAACAGCGUCAGAACCGUCAACGGGCGGCAGCAGCGGGAUUACCGGGCAGUGUACGCCGCAGUCAGGAGGGUCUCCGGUAGAUGGUGUGGCGAUGGCGGAGCGACGGGCGGAGUGCACGUGGAAGAGACACAUCUCAGACCAGCUGAAGCUCAGAGACCGAGUCCAGAGACAGGCCUUUGAGGAGAUCGUCCUCCAGUAUAACCGUCUCCUGGAGAAGUCCGACCUGCAGGCUGUUCUUUCAGAGAGAUACCAGACGGACAAGUAUGACAUCCAGAGAGGACACGAGACCAGCUCGGCGGCAGACUGGAGCCGCAGCGACGCGCUGCAGCAGGAAAUGUCUCAGAUGAGAAUCAAACACCAGGAGGAACUGACGGAGCUGCACAAGAAACGAGGAGAGCUGGCUCAGAGUGUGAUCGAACUCAACAACCAGAUCCAACAGAAGGACAAAGAGAUCCAGAGCAAUGAAGCCAAAAUGAUGGAGUACCAGCAGCAGAUCUCAAGUCUGGAGGGAGAGUGCCGAGAGCUGAGGAGCUACCUGCAGGACCUGGAGAGGGCCAACCAGACGCUGAAGGAUGAGUACGACGCUCUGCAGAUCACCUUCUCUGCUCUGGAGGAGAAACUGAGGAAGACCACCGAGGACAACCAGGAGCUGGUGUCCCGCUGGAUGGCAGAGAAGGCUCAGGAGGCCAACAAGCUCAACGCCGAGAACGAGAAGGACAGCAGACGCAGACAGGCUAAGCUGCAGAAGGAACUGGCCGAUGCCGCCAAAGAGCCUCUGCCCAUCGACCCGGACGAUGACAUUGAGGUCCUGGCAGAGGAUGGAGGGAAGGGCGGCGGAGAGACCUCACCCAACAGGGCACUCAGCAGGACUCCCAGUAAGAAGAUGUCCCAGCCUCCUCCUGGUGGUCUCUUGGACUCCAUCUCCAACAUCUUUGGCGUGUCUGAGUGUGUCCAGCCUGGACUCGUCCCACCACUCUCCAGCAGGCGUCGAACAGCCAACUCCUUCAGCACGUCACCUGAAAACACUGAGGCCCCCUCAGGAGUGUGUGCGGAGGUUCGAGUCCCCUCAACGGCUCUCCACGUGUUUGAAGCUCACGACGGUGAGGUGAACGCAGUGAGGUUCAGCCCCGGCUCUCGUCUCCUAGCAACGGGAGGGAUGGACCGCAGGGUGAAGCUGUGGGAGGUGGUGGCUGGUCGCUGUGAGCCUAAAGGAGCUCUGACUGGCAGUAACGCUGGAAUCACCAGCAUUGAGUUCGACAGCGCUGGGUCGUACCUGCUGGCGGCGUCAAACGACUUUGCCAGUCGUAUCUGGACUGUGGAUGACUACAGACUGAGGCACACCUUGACAGGUCACAGCGGGAAGGUGCUGUCAGCUCGAUUCCUAUUGGACAACACUCGAAUCGUCUCCGGGAGCUACGAUCGAACACUCAAACUGUGGGACCUUCGCAACAAAGUCUGUACCAAGACGGUGUUCGCUGGUUCCAGCUGUAAUGACAUCGUGUGCACGGAGCAGUGCGUCAUGAGCGGACACUUUGACAAGAAAGUUCGAUUCUGGGACAUCAGAGCGGAGAGUAUAGUGAAGGAACUGGAGCUGCUGGGCAGAGUCACAUCUCUGGACCUGAACCACGACCGCACCGAGCUGCUCACCUGCUCUAGAGAUGACCUGGUGAAGAUCAUCGACCUGCGCACCAACGCCGUCAGACAGACCUUCAGUGCUCAGGGUUUCAAGUGUGGAGCCGACUGGACCAGAGUCACCUUCAGUCCUGAUGGCAGCUACGUGGCCGGAGGAUCAGCUGACGGAGCUCUGUACAUCUGGAAUGUUGUGACGGGGAAAGUGGACCGGACUCUGGACCGGAACCAUAACUCUGCCAUCAACUCAGUGUCGUGGUCGCCGUCGGGAGCAUACGUCGCCAGUGUGGAGAAAGGCAGCAAGGCCAUCCUGUGGUCGGACAUGUGACUGGCUGAGGGACCUGCUGCUGCUGCUGCUGCUGAUGAUGAAGAUGAUGAUGAAGGGACUGUGGACAGGUGGAGACACAGAGGACGAUGAAGGGUGUGACGGACUCCUUGUUGUUGAACUCAGACAGACUGAUGGGGACUGAGUGGACUCUGCCGUCACGUUUACGUUUUAGAGCUUUUAACAAACUGCCGUCUUCAUCCAGCUGGAGGUGAAAGGGUUAAUAAUAAAGUCUUCAUGUCCAGCCA